AUGAAGACGACUGUAUACGGCCGGAACAACUGGCUGAUCAACGCGCCGCUGUCAGUUGGCUGGCAGCCUGAAUACGAGGGCUCCCUGGGGUUCCUCCCUCCUCCAGGCAUGAUUUUGGUCAACGAGCCAUCGACAGCGAAGGAAUAUCAGCCGUCGGACUAUGCCCGAGCGGUAGCUCCCAGGCUGCUUGUCCUCAACGGGAGCCUCUUAGUUAAUGCAAGGAAUCCCGUCCCCCAGCCCAGCAGUCUCCAUUUUUUCUCAUCUCCUCCAUGCGACUUCUACGAGUGA